UACUUCUGACAGAGAGGUUCACGCUUCGCAGGAGACUAACCGACAGUUUUAACUUAUGAGAGAAACAGGAAAGACAACCAUGGGAGUGGAGAGCUGAAAAGGGGCAAAGAAAGAAAAGAGAAAAGAAAAGAAAAGAAAAGAAAAGAAAAGAAAAGAAAAGAAAAGAAAAGAAAUUGCUACAUUUGAGAGAAAGAGAGCAAUUGAAAAAGGACCUGAAAAGUAUUUCACAACCAAUAAUUAGGGAAGUGCAGAAUUCAUUUCAAAAACGAACGAGUUGUGGCAUUUCAAACUGUUUCAAAAGUUUAAUGUUCAGGGGGGACAACGCUUGAAUACUAGAUUCUACAACACACACACACACACACAAAAAAAGUUCGAAAAGUUAAGCACAACGAAUGAAAAUUUGAACACUACUGGAAUCUAACAUCCCGUCGCAACGAUUCUAGGCAACGUGGAAUCCUAAAUUUUCAAACAUGGAGCCCGACUCUGUUGCCAUGAUGACACCAAUCAACAGGGAGCGUAAGAUGGGUACAGUGUGUAUCUUCGGAACGGGGGAUUUUGGCCGCUCCUUGGGGAUGCGUCUUCUCCAAGCCGGUUACGGAGUCGUUUUUGGGUCCCGAGAGCCAAAGAUCUCCCCCCUGGUACCUCAGGGUUCAAAGGUCAUGACCCACGCAGAAGCCGCUAAUGAAGCGCAGGUUAUUUUUGUGGCGGUGCAGCGGGAGCACUAUGACUUCUUGACCUCUCUGACCUCUGUCCUGGAAGGGAAGGUGCUGGUGGACGUCAGUAACAACCUGAAGAAAGGUCUUUACCCACAAUCCAAUGCUGAAUACCUGAGUAGUCUGGUACCAGGAGCAGCUGUGGUCAAAGCAUUCAACACCAUUUCAGCCUGGGCACUGCAGUCAGGGGGACUGGAUGCCAACCGACAGGUCUAUGUGUGUGGAGAUCAGCCUGAGGCAAAACAGGCGGUUGUUGACAUUGCCCACAGUCUGGGUUUGACUGCCCUGGACAGGGGCUCCCUACGAGCAGCCGGAGAAGUGGAGAAUAUUCCCCUGGAGCUCUUCCCACUCUGGAGACUUCCUCUCCGCAUUGCCACAGGCCUGACUGCCUUCUUCUUCUUCUACCUUCUCAUACGCGACGUCAUCUACGCACGAGUCACUAACAACAAAGACAUCUCCUUCCGUAUCAUGAUCUCCCUGGCCAAUAAAGUCUUCCCCAUCGUCUCCCUGAUUAUGCUGGCGCUAUGCUACCUGCCGGGUGUCAUCGCGGCGUUCCUGCAGCUUUACAACGGCACCAAAUACCGUCGCUUCCCCGAUUGGCUGGAUCGCUGGAUGCUGUGCAGGAAGCAGUUGGGUCUGUUGGCGUUGGGUUUUGCCUUUCUGCACGUUCUCUACACGCUAGUCAUCCCCAUCAGAUACUACGUCCGUCACCGAAUCGCCACCUUCACCAUUUCACUGGUAAAGGAAAAUAAAAGCUAUGAGUUUGACAGAACCAUGGCCUGGCGUACGGAUUCCUACUACUCACUGGGAAUUUUGGGAUUUGGUUUGUUCGUGUUACUGGGGAUAACAUCCCUCCCUUCUGUCAGCAAUGCUUUGAACUGGAGAGAAUUCCGUUUUGUACAGUCUUAUCUGGGCCAUCUGACACUACUCUUGUGUACAGCUCACACCUUCCUCUAUGGUUGGGACAGAUUUCUAUAUCCUACUACCUAUAAAUGGUGGACUCUCCCUGGAUACAUGCUGUCUCUGGUGAUCCCUUGUGUGGUUCUGGUUCUAAAGCUGAUCCUUAUCACUCCGUGCGUGGACCGGACCGUCACCCGCAUCCGACAGGGCUGGGAGAGAAAGCAGAAAAUCGGAGCCCAUGCGAAUGGCGCCAAAAGCAGUCAGCCGCUCAUUCUGUGAAGCAAUUCCAAAGACAGUGUUCUCAAAAAAAGAAAACCUCAAACGGAGUUUCCAUUCUCCAAAAAAAAAAAAAUUUGGAGAUGGUGAUUAAUCUCAAAAUUUCCCAAAAACAUAAAAUUUCACAAAGACAUAGACACGGACUGACAGAAUUUCCUCAUGAGUACAGUGACGUUUUUUUGUGACGUUUUUCUUUUUCUUUUUUUAAUCACAACACGUUAAAUCUUACACAAGAGAUGUGACAAGCAGUACAGAAGAUCGUCAGAAUCGCCCUGAGAGCAGAUGACAGGUGAUUUCCUCAAUACUUGAGUAACAUUCACUUUGAGAAAUGAUUCACAAAAUCCACAUCCUCUGUGGCAUCUCUUGGUUAAAUAAGUUUAGAAAUCAAACUGACACCACAAAAUCCCUGUUCCAGUUCAUCAGAAACGCAUAUAUUUUUCUACAUUCUCAUAUUGUGGUGUAACACAAAACUAAUGGAGUUACUAUAUCACAUAUUAUCAGCUUUCAAGUCUACACAGCAAAUUUGUCAGCGUUGAAUAUACUCACAUGGGGUUUAUAUCAUUUACACUGCUGAGUGUGGAGUAUGUAAGCACUUUUGUAAUGUUAACACAAAUCAGCACUCACUAUAAGUAAGUAGGUUCAUUUUUAGACCACAUCAAAACAGUAUCGUCACAAAAGUAUCGCCGAAAACCCU